AUGAAAAUGUGGCGUAAAAAAUUAGUUCCACGAUUACCAACCUCGUUGGACGAGUACGUCAAUCUGAUAAACAGUGAAGCUUGGAGAGAGAAAUACACUCGCUACGAUGGAGGUGAUAUCUCAGUGACUUGCCUACGAGCAAAUGCUGGUUCAAAAGUAGCAGUAUUUGCAGAUCUCAAUUAUUUGCGUUCCCUCCAGGUGGAAAAUUUCCACGUCGACGGUACAUUCGCAGUAUGCUCGCGGCGUCCAAGAACUCUCCAACUAGUCAUUAUAAUGGCUACGAUAGACGAUACGGUACUUCCUAUAGCAUGGGCUCUUACAGAACGAAAGAAUGUUGCGACAUAUCUAGCAUUGCUGAGGUACUUCAAGAAUAUUGCAGCGAUACACUGGAGACCGAAGACAUUCACUAUUGACUUUGAGCAAGCUUUGAGCUCAGCGAUUAGAAUGGUCUAUCCUCGUGCUCGAAUAAUUCGGUGUUUUUUUCACUACUGCCAGGGUCGGGCAGUCCGAGAUCCUCCAGCUCGUCAGUACGUGAUACAAGAUGCAAUCAUCGCCAGAGCUUGGGAAUUGUAUGAUGAUGGUGUCUUGAAUAAUGAGAAAUUUCUAACAGCUACAAGUCACUUCCUGUAG